AUGAAGUUCUCUACCCUCAUCGCCUUCCUUCCCGCCGUUUCGGCCCUCCCCUCUGCCCCCGAGGCUCGCUCCGACGUGAUCGAGGCUCGCGCCACCAAGAAGGAGACCACCGACAAGUACCUCUUCUCCAUCACUCUUCCUAAAUUCACCAGCUACCGCAAGGCCAAGAACCCCUCCACCCUCAUCUGGACCUCCGACGGCUGCUCCAAGUCCCCCGACAACCCGAACGGCUACCCCUUCACUCCUGCUUGCCACCGCCACGACUUUGGCUACCGCAACUACAAGAACCAGGACCGCUUCAGCGAUGCCAACAAGAAGAAGAUUGAUCAGAACUUUAAGGAUGACCUCGUCUUCCAGUGCACGAACAACGGCUACGGAGCCACCUGCAAGGCCCUUGCCCAGGUUUACUACCUUGCCGUCCGCGCCUUCGGCCGUGUUGCCGGCGACUCCUCCGCUGCUGCUGAGUACGAGGCCGCUCUCGCUACCUAUGAGGCUCUCGUUGCCGAGGCCAUUGAGAAGGGCGAGGAUCCCACCUGGUACUAA